GCAGCCCCGGUUGUCGGCUCCAGAUCCCUGGGAGAGGGGCGCCCACCUUCGGGCGCGGACACGCACGCACGCGCACGCUGGCCGCGAGUUCGAACCCUGCCGCCCCCAGCCGCCCGAGGGCGCCCCCCGGCGCCGCUCUAGGCAGAGCCGCGCCUCCCGGCUCGCCUCCCGCCCCCUGAUUCCUGCAGCGGUCGCUUGGAGGAAGGAGGAACCGGGAACCUCUGCUUCAGUUCCCGCGGCCCGGGCGCUACGGAGAGCCGCGCGGUGGACAAGAAGGCGAGCGCGAUGCGGGAGCGCUACCCUUGCCUCCGAGUUGUCUGAGUUGGCGGCGCCGCGCCCGGGCUUCCGCCUCUCGGCGCCCCACGCUCUCGCAGCUCCCGCGGCUGCAGCCCACGCCCGCGCCCGGAGCCGAGCCCGCCGUGCCGAGCGGGGGGAGCAAGGGCUCCCGAGCUCCUGUCCCGGCCGCUGUCCAGGGGAAAGAGCGGGUGUUCCCGGAGGAGGCGCACCGCCGCGCGGUCUCCCGCACUCUCUGCGGCCCAUCGGUCUCUCCAUGGCGUCUCAUCAGCAAUCCCGGAUCCAGGCUUACCUGGAGAAGAACAAGAUCGGUCCCCUGUUUGAGGAAUUAAUGACCAAGUUAAUAACUGAGACACCUGACCAGCCGAUCCCAUUUCUCAUUGACCAUCUUCAGUCUAAACAAGGAAGCCGUGGACAGCUUCAGAGAACUUUAUCUGGAUCUGCAGCUCUCUGGGCAGAAAGUGAAACAUUAGAACAUAAAGCAACAAGAAGGGAUUUCAGAAACUAUGAUAAACCCUGGCAAUUAAAUGCAAAGAAACCUAAAAAGUCAAAAAGUGACCUUGCUGUGUCUAACAUUUCUCCACCAUCACCAGAAUCAAAAUCAUUGCCAAGGUCAGUAGAUCAUCCUAAGUGGAACUGGCGGACUAAACCAGAAAGCCGUGAUUUUGAUGAAUUGAACCACAUCCUUCAGGAGAGCAAGAAACUGGGAAAAGCCCUUGAGAAUCUCUCUCGAAGUAUUGCGAUUUCAGAUGAACUUGAUAAGGAAACAAUGGCAUUUAAUUCUUCUCUUCUGAGACCCCGUGUGAUUGGAGAAUGGAUUGGUCGAGAAGAGAAUGAUGCUGAUCCACUAGCCUCUGAAAUGCUACAGCCCCCAGUUCCAAGAAGUAAAAAUGAACAAUGGGAAAAUGAAGAUAAUAGCUCUAGCCCUGCUGGAAGCUUAAAAGUGGAGCCCAAGACUAAAGGAUUAAAACAGCAGCAACAGCGACAUAAGAAACUUCUGGCAGCAAUGCUCUCUCAAGAUUCUUUUGAGUCUGUCCAUAGCCCCACCCCAUCUGUAGCAGAAGAAGAUAUUGAUAAUGAAGAUGAUGCAAUGGAAUUGCUGGAGGAUCUUGAUGAUUUAAGAAUGGAGGGAGUAACCACCCUGGUACCUUCUGGGAGCAAAUUUAACCAAGGUCGAACUUCUCACUCCACUGAACUUCAGGCCAAAGUCACACUGAACAUCUGUUCAAGGUGUGCCAGGCUUCAAGGGGACAACCUGGCAGAAAGGACAGAAGAGACCUCACAAGUACUUCAUUCUCCAGAUGAAAUAAUCCCAGAUUCUUUGGAUUCUUUACCUGGGACUGAAGAAGCACUAAUGGAGGAGGGUGAAGAAUUUGAGAAAGCAUCUAAACCAACAGGACCUGGAGAAGCCUCCAGGGGAGGACAGUCAUUGCAAAACUACAUGGAAGAAGAUGACUCUUUAAAGCAAUUACAAGUAGUUCAUCAACCAUGGAUAUUGCCAAGCGACACAGAAAGUGAAGGAGUGGAAGCAGAACAAGAUAAACGCUCUGCUGAUCUCCUCCUUUGUGUUCCGUGCUCCUCCUGUCCCGCACUGGUCUAUUCUGGUCUGUGAAACAGGCAGAAGAAGUUGCAAAUGGUCCUUUAAAAAAAAUUGCUGUUAUUCAAAUCCUUAUGUAGAGUUCUAAUUUUAUUUACAAUGUGUAAUCAUUUAGAGAAUGGUUAUUUUUAUAAUAUCAAUAAUAAACAAGGACUCUUGUAACCAGGGGGUGCCUAAGUGUGUCAUCAGAGAACACUAACUCUGGCAAAGGAUUCUGGGUGGUCUCACGAUGCCUGCUGCCUCUUGACAUGGUUAGUGUCCUGGGUUUAGGUUACUUUCUACCUAGUUAUUAAGAUUACUAUUUGAUACACUCAAUAUUGCCUGAUUCCAAUAACUUUGCUUAAAAUUUUUCUGUAUUUUAACUUGUCUAGGGUUUUCUACUUCUUAUAUUUUUAUAAUAUUUUCUCAUUUUUUAGAUUAAAAAACAUUUACCCACAUGUGCCAAGAUAAGCCAUUUAGGUCUCCCUAGGGGUCAGCUCUUUGGUGUCAUUACCUGCCAUAUGUGUUUUGUGCAGCAGCGAGAUGCGUGCUGUCCAUCACUGCUCUUUCCUUGUUCCUGUCCAAACAAAUAAUUGAUAGGUUAAUUCAAUAGAGAAAAUCAAUAAGGAAUGACAUGCAUGGCCCAAAGCAUAUGCAAUCAAAAUUGUUUGACCAUUUAUCCAAUUAUUGAAACCAAUUAAGAUUAUCCAUUUUAAAUUUGAUAUAUGCUCGCUUCCGGAAUGUGUUAUGCAUUGAUGCUAAGUGAAUGGGACCAAGUAAAUCUACUAAGUAUCU